CAUGGUUAAUGAAACAUCGACCAAGUCGCCAUUAAAGAAUAUUGGUAAUGCCCAAGUGAAUAAUACAGGUCGGGUGGAGAUGGAUAUUAGGAAAGCCAACUGCAAACCUAAAUUGAAUGAAAAGUCAAACAUUCCUGAAAUUGUCCCGCCAAUGGCGGGCGAAUUGAAAAAAAGAAAACAUAUUCCGAAAGCAUCUAUUACAUCCAAGAUAUUUACCCACAAAGAUUCAGCUCGCGAAAUUAUUGUUAAAAUUGGCUCUUCUAUGUGUCUAACUGAGAGACAUUCCAUUCAAAGAACAUUUUUGAAUAAAAUGGAAGUGUCAAGAAUUAAGACCUACAGUAAACUAUUCUCUGAGAGUAUGGAAAACAAAUUUUCAUGUGACAGUUGUUCAUUCAAAACAUCCUUUGUCAGUUUGCUGCGACAUCAUCAAGAAAUCCCACAUAAGAACACUCUAAAGCAGCCUUUAUGUGCUAUCUGUGGAAAUGUAUUCAUUAAUUCAAAUGAUUGGAAAAUUCAUAUGACGACAAGUCACUGUGUUAAGCAGCAGAAAUGUUUACCAAAUAAUAUAAUGAAUUGUAGUGACUGCAGUUUUUCAACUUAUUUUUACAACGAUAUGGCAAAACACCUUCAGAAUUGUUCGUUUAAGUUUCUUGAACCUAUUGAUGAAGAUGUACCGAAUAAAUACAUUAGACGAAACGAUCAAAAAGUGUCUACAGUUGACAAAAAUCUCUGUAAAGCAAGUCCUGAAAGAGCUGUUGAAAUAAUUUCAGAAAAUAAACAAUCAGACGUAAUACCAACAACGUCCGAAUCAGCUGCAAUUGUACAACACGGCCCCUGUAUUCAGACAAAAACUGAAAUAGAAACUUGUGAAAUAUGUGAAUUGCAAUUAUCUAAUAGAAAGGCCUUGUUUCAACAUUUACAACAGAAUCAUCAAAUAGAAAUAACAGAAGCAUUCUCUGAUAUGAUUACUGCCCCAUUCUCCUGUGAUUUAUGCCGUAGAAAAUUUUGGUCGGAAGCAGGUCUAAUAGAACACAGGAAAAAGCUACUUUUGUCAAUUUCGAAUUGCUCUCAAGGUCAUACACUCUCUGCAGAGAAAGCUGCUCAAACAUUGUUGGAUAGUCAAAAAAGACUUGAUAGUAAUCCUCACAAUUGUUUAAUCUGUAAUCAACAAACUGAAGAGAUGAUGAAACAUAUGCUUAAAAGUCAUGGUUUAGCAUUGAAAACUGUAUUUGACGAGGAAGAGUGCCAUGCUUGUAACAACGGUGUCAAGCUAAUUUUCCCUGGAUCUUCAGUGGAAGGAUCUAGCAAGCCACCUCCUAAAGAGAACCUUUCAAAGUAUAAAUGUGAAACAUGCAAAGUUUCUUUCAAGUCAAAUGCGACAUUACUUAAGCAUAAAAAAAUUAUGCAUGGGUUUCAAUGUUCCUUAUGCUCAACCUUUUUCCUAAAUGAAAAAACUAAGAAUAAGCAUUAUAAAGAAAUGCAUGAGAGCAAAUUGCAAAGUUGUCCAAUUUGUAAGAAGAUAUUUUUAAACAAUAAGCAUUUUCUGGAGCAUGCAAAAACGUAUUUAAGAAAGUGUACGGUUAAAUUGACGAGAAUAACACAAUUUGAAUCUGAUCUCUUGAAAAGAAACUCAGUGAAAAUUGAAGUGAAUGAAUCAGAGCAAAUAGAACCAAUAAAGACAAAUAAUAUAAAGCAAGAAGAACCAAUCAAGCCAAAUGAGCUUCCAGAAAAAAAAAGGAAAAGGGAGCAGGUAGAUUAUAAAGGACCUCCGGCUAAGAGAUUUUGCGUCUGA